AUGGCUGAAGUACAAAACAAUGGUACGGAAAAGGAGGUCGACGUGGAGAAGCCGACACCAACGCUUUCGGGACCCAUUGUCGGAAUCAUUUACCCACCACCGGAAGUGCGAAAUAUCGUCGACAAGACGGCCAGUUUCGUUGCCCGCAAUGGUCCGGAAUUCGAAAGUCGCAUCCGACAGAACGAGCUCGGUAAUCCAAAGUUUAACUUCCUCAGUCCCGGUGAUCCGUACCAUGCGUACUAUCAGCACAAGGUGCAGGAGAUACGGGAAGGUCGCACCGACAAUUCGUCCACAGGGCCAGGGGCGGCGUCAGGUGGGUUGCAAAAGGCACAGGUACCUAGUGCCACGCAACAGAAGCAGCAGGAGCUACUGAAAGCCGUUACCGAGCAGCAGUUCGUGCCAAAAGAUCCGCCACCGGAGUUUGAGUUCAUUGCGGAUCCGCCCUCGAUAUCGGCGCUCGAUUUAGAUAUCGUCAAGCUGACGGCUCAGUUCGUUGCACGUAAUGGGCGCCUAUUUCUGACCAACCUGAUGAACCGUGAGCAACGGAACUGCCAGUUUGAUUUUCUUCGACCGCAGCACUCACUUUUCCAGUAUUUUACUAAGCUGCUCGAGCAGUACACAAAGAUACUGGUGCCGCCGAAGGAUUUGAUGAACAAGCUGAAGGUGGAAAGUGCGCCCGGGCGCAGCAGCAUGAACGUGGUGCUGGAGCAGGUCAAGUAUCGCGCGAAUUGGAUGAAGCACCAAGAAAUGCAAAGUCGCCGCGAAGAAGAGAAGGUUGAGCGGGAGCGUAUCGCGUACGCACAGAUCGAUUGGCACGAUUUUGUCGUGGUGGAGGUGGUAGAUUAUCAACCGUACGAAUCAGGCAACUUUCCUCCACCAACAACGCCGGACGAGGUCGGUGCGCGUGUGCUGAUGGAGGAGCGCAUGAACGAGGAAGACCACGACAUCGAGAUGCAGAUCGAGUCGGAUAAUGACGACAGUGACGAUGAACCGCAUCGUGGUGGUACAGAGGGCAAUGGACAGGUGAAGCUAUCGCAGAUGGAAAAUCUAGUCGGUAAGCAGCAGAAGGAUAAUACCCAGGUACAGGACAUGGACGAGUCGUCCACCUCGGGCGAUGAGGAUGGCGAACGUACCAAAUCUCUGCCGACUCCGGUUGCGCCACCAACGCACGACAAGGUCAUUGUGAAGAAGUACGAUCCGAAGCAGUCGCAGAAGGUGCAAAAACCAGUACCGGCCGCUGCGGACGAUUAUCUUAUUUCGCCCAUUACGGGUGAAAAGAUUCCUGCGGCGAAGGUGGCCGAACAUAUGCGCAUCGGUUUGCUUGAUCCACGCUGGGUCGAGCAGCGCGACAAACACAUCGAAAAGGUGGCCCAGGAAAAUGUGUACGCACCUGGUGCUGCAAUCGAGGCUAGCCUGAAACAGCUUGCGGAACGGCGUACCGAUAUUUUCGGUGUCGGUGACGAGGAAGCGGCCAUCGGUAAGAAGCUGGGCGAGGAGGAACCGCGCAAGGACGACCGUGUCACUUGGGACGGGCACACAUCGAGCGUGGAAGCGGCGACACGGGCCGCACGUGCAAAUAUUACUCUCGAGGCACAAAUCCAUCAGAUCCACAAGGUGAAGGGGUUGAUACCCGAUGAGGAGAAGGAAAAGAUUGGCCCGAAACCAAUACCCGGCACGAUGUCCGCACCUUCCAAGUCCAAUCAACAACAUCAACAACAACAGCAGCAGCAUCAGCAUCAGCAACAACAACACCAUCAGCAGCAGCAGCACCAUCAGCAGCAGCAGCACCAUCAACAGCAGCAACAUCAUCAGCAUCAGCACCAUCACCAUCAUCAUCAGCAGCAGCACCAGCACCAGCAGCAGCAAAAUCCACAGUUGGCAUCGCAAGCACAGCUUGCCCAGAUGCAGUCGCAGAAAGGCAUGCCUCAAAUGCCACCCCAUCCCAUUCCCCCACCGGUUCCGCCGAUGAUGAUGAUGGCCAUGGGACCGCCACCGUUCGCGGUCGGUACGUACGUACCACCGUUGGCACCGCAUGCGGCUCCACAAAUGCCAACUGCCGGUGGUGCGCCGGUCCUACCGGAUGCGCAGCAACAGCAGCUGGUGGGUCACGAUAUCGCACCUGCAAUGGAUGAACCUCCCAGUAAAAAAUCACGCACCGAGGAUAAUCUGAUUGAGGAAAGCGUAUUCCUGCAGCGGCACAAUGCAGCCGGUCCGAUCACCGUACAGGUGCAGUGUCCGAACAUGACCGAGAAGAACGAUUGGAAGCUUAAUGGGCAGAUCCUGUCACUGUCGAUCAAUCUGACCGAUACGGUCAGCUCGAUUAAAGCGAAGGUACAAACGGAAACGGGCAUGCCGCCGGCGAAGCAGAAAAUUUUCUACGAUGGUAUGUUCUUCAAGGAUAAUAACACCAUCGCCUACUACAAUCUGCAGAAUGGUGUAACGGUUGCACUGCAGCUGAAGGAACGUGGUGGACGAAAGAAGUAAUAAGCUAAAGGAUGCAGAAAACUCUACCAUGUGCGUCAAUAGUGGGGAUAUCCAUUUACAUUUGCUAUGCGUGGUAUUGCACGUAUUUAACCAGACAUACAUUUAUUUGAUCUAGCGUGUAGCCGAGUGGCUCAAAGAUACUAAUAACAAGCAAUUCACGAGAGUUCACUCUGCAAAUCGUGUCAGGUUCCGAACAUUUAACAAUGAAUGAAACGAAACGGCCCAACAUUUAGGACGUUUUGUUUCGCUUCGUUAUAAUUUAAUCGAUUAUUAGGAUAAAAGUGUAUUCUACACAAAUUAUUCAAUUCAAUACAUUUCGUGA